GUUGGUCAAUAAGCCUCGGAGAGACCAAAUUACUUGAUUAUCAAUUAUCUACAGAAUUAGGAGCUACAGAAUUGAUGGAGUAUGAUGUAUACAACAUUGGGAGCAUUUAUAUCUGCAGAAUUAGGAGCACAUAUGAAACAAUUAGGAGCCCGUUUAUCUCAGCAUCAAGAGCAAUUAAAGCUACAGAAUUGGAGCAGCAUAUAGCUAUGGAGUUGGGGCACAUAUUAGCCAGAACUGGGCACCCAGAAUUGAAAUGUAGCAUACUUGUGAUACUCCGCCAGUAGUUCCCAAAGGGGAGGGGAAGAAAAUCCCCACGUGAUGUAUCACGUGACUGAACGCCCCCACCCCGGAGCGCGCAUCCCACUCCGAGCCCUCAACCCGCAAAUCCCACUCUACAUGU